UUCCAAAUUAUAAAGCGUUCAACAUCGUCUCCUCCGCCCUGGCGAAGAGUAGAGAGAGAAAGCGAGAUCGAUCGAUCGACCAACCCCCCUCUCUCUCUCUCUCUCUCUCUCUCUCUCUCUCUCUCUACACCCCACAAACCCUAGUUUCCCCAUCUCCAUGGCUCUGAUGAAGCUACACGCGACGUGCCCUCCUCUAAUGGGAGGAGGCGAUCAACGAGGAGAUCAUGUCACCUCUUCCUCUUCCUCUUCUUCGAUUUCUCCUCUAUCGUUGCGUUUUUGCCGAAACCGAUCGCAUCGAUCGAUCCCUCCGCUGAGGCUUCGGCCGAUGCGGCGGAUCGAAGCAGCGCUAUCGACGGCGACGGCGACGAAGACGACGACGUCCCAAUCCUCCGCCUCAUUGUUGGGACCAAUUGCGCCCCGGUGCGUGGAUAGGGUGGAGGAGGAGAAGAGGGAGCCCGUUAGCAAUGAGGAUUUGGAUAUGUGGAUGAGGGAUUCAAUCCAAGAGAUAGUGAGGAACAUUGGAGAGGCUCCCUUUCUGGUGCACAUCUUUUCUGGCGGCAGAGGCGGCAGCGGCCGAAAGGGCGGUGUCAGAUUGGAGAAGGAGAAGGCGUCGCCCGACAGCUGGCCGCAGAUCACGAGGCGGUGGGACCGCGAGGGCGGCACCCCGGACGGGGUCAUCCUGGUCGAGGCGAUCGAGGAGGAGGAGGACGACGAGGAGCGUGGGCCGCUGCUGCCGCCACUGACGCCGACGCCGCCGUGCGCAGCAGCAGGCCCCAAUUCGGCUUGCAAGACGUGGGGGCUGGUGGUGCAGGGGCGGGGGAUGGACUGCGCCGCCUGCUACGUGCUCAACACCUGCCGCGUCAGGUCGUCGGUCGGGUUCUGCACUCACUUCAGCCUCGUGCGGGCCAAGUGCUUCGGCGAGGCGAUCGAGUCGCAGAUCAGGAAUGCUUGGUUGCAGGGGAAUUAGAAACUGAUCGGUUUCUAUUUACAGAAGGGAAUACUAUUACUCUGUUCAUAUCAUUGCACUCAAUUGAUUCUUCCGCCAGGAACAUUGGAAUUUUAUUGAAAGCAUUUUGUUCCAUCAUUGUUCUCUUUUUUAAUGUAAAUAGUUCAAAAAACAAUGUGAUUCUCUUAUUAGAUUCUCCAGCAACCAUUUUUUACUGGUA